GCAGUUUUCGUAGAGCAAGCUCCGUUUUUCGCGUAGGGUGUUACGUCACUGUAGGGAGAGGGAGGAGAGCAUUGCAGGAAAAAAAAACUACAGGCAAAUGCGGUCAGUUGGACUGAGAGUGACAAAGGGAAAGAUACCGAACUGGAAGCGACGAAUACAGGAGGAAAUACUAGUUUCUCGCCGUACGGUGGGAAUACCGUGCAGCGCUCUCUAUCCCGGUGAUAUCUAAUGCUAGAUACCCAGUGUGAUCCCCCGCGGGCACUUUAUACUCAUCACACCCGGCGUUGACGGAAUACAAGAGGAUUCCUGUGGGAAAGAAAAGCGAGUAGACGGAUUUUUUCUGCGGAAGAUAGGCUUCCGUGGGUUUCUAGUCACAUUUCUGUUGUGUGUAGUGGGGUGCCCUCCAGGCCGCCAUUUUGAGGGUCCCCUGUGAGGAGGAGAAGGCUGGGCCUGGUUGGGGAUUGAGGAAGGAGCCGCCAUGACUGCUGCUGACUGUGUCUUGGCCUGUGUGUGACAGAUACCUACUCUCAGAGCAAUACAGUGAGGCAGACCCCCUGCUGCCAGCGGGUUAAUACAGUGAGCCUGACCCCAUGGCGAUUCAGUGAGCCUUGCCCCCUCCUCUACAGCCACCAGUAAGGCUGACCACCUCUGCUGCCACCAGGGCAUCAUAUUAAGGCAGACCCCCCGGUUCCAACAGGGCCACCAAGUGAAGCCUAUAACCUUGCUGCUACAGUGGCAAUACACUGAUCCCCCUGCUGUCACUUGGUUCCUUCCCGAUACUGACAGAUUCCCCUUCUAUUUCAAGGGCAUUACAGUGAGGCUGGUCUUAUUGCUCCCCAUAUUCAUACAUUAAUUCCAAUCCAGCUCCCACAGUAAGACAACCCCCCUUUUUGGCCCAAGGAAAAAAUAUAUUGUUAGAUAUCCACCUGGUGAGGAGGUUGUUGAGACCCCUCACCCUGCAAGAGCAGCUGCCCCCCACUUACCUCAAUCAUCCAGACUGAAAAUCUUAGAAAUAUAUAUUUAUAUAGAAAUAUCUCUAUAUUGUAAUAUUUCAUAGAGCACUAAUCAGUGCAGCAUCUGUUUCUUAGUGUCUGUUUUAUCCUUUCAUGGCUCUGUGACCCCCCUAGGUGCCAUAUUGUAUGUACCACUGGACAGAGAUCGAGGGAUGGUGUAUAAGGAGUGACUUGAGUCGGAGGGUAAGGUGAUUAUAACAAGGCACCCAGAGACCACAUCCCAGCUUUUGUAACCCCCUAUUUUAUAAGUAAGGGGCAAGAUACUGUUUGUUUGGUAGGGGGUCUUCAUGAUCUUGUCCUCUGCCUGGCUUUGGUAACACAGUGAGGAGGCGGUGAGGGAGGAACUGUAGCAUCAUGUCGGGGAGGCCGAGAACCACUUCCUUUGCAGAAAGCUGCAAACCAGUGCAACAGCCGUCAUCUUUUGGCAGCAUGAAAGUCAGCCGAGACAAAGAUGGCGGCAAAGUGACCACUGUGGUAGCGACUCCAGGUCAGGGUCCUGACCGGCAGCAGGAGGUCAGCUACACAGACACAAAGGUGAUAGGCAAUGGCUCGUUUGGUGUGGUGUAUCAGGCCAAACUUUGCGACUCAGGAGAGCUGGUGGCAAUAAAAAAAGUGCUACAGGACAAGAGAUUUAAGAAUCGAGAGCUGCAGAUCAUGAGAAAACUGGACCACUGCAACAUUGUCAGACUGCGCUACUUUUUCUACUCCAGUGGAGAAAAGAAAGACGAGGUUUACCUCAACCUGGUGCUGGACUAUGUUCCUGAAACUGUAUACAGAGUGGCAAGACAUUACAGCCGGGCCAAGCAAGCUCUCCCUAUGAUCUAUGUCAAGUUGUACAUGUAUCAGCUGUUCCGCAGUUUAGCCUACAUCCAUUCCUUUGGGAUCUGCCACCGGGAUAUCAAACCACAGAACCUUUUGCUGGAUCCCGACACAGCUGUGUUAAAGCUCUGUGACUUCGGCAGUGCAAAGCAGCUGGUGCGUGGUGAGCCCAACGUCUCCUAUAUCUGUUCUCGGUACUACAGGGCCCCAGAAUUAAUCUUUGGAGCCACAGAUUACACCUCCAGUAUAGAUGUGUGGUCAGCGGGAUGUGUCUUGGCAGAACUUCUUCUGGGUCAGCCCAUCUUUCCAGGGGACAGUGGAGUAGACCAGCUGGUCGAAAUAAUCAAGGUCCUUGGUACACCGACACGGGAGCAGAUUAGGGAAAUGAAUCCAAACUACACAGAGUUCAAAUUUCCCCAGAUUAAGGCACACCCUUGGACUAAGGUGUUUAGAGCGAGAACCCCUCCGGAAGCCAUCGCUUUGUGCAGUCGGCUGGUGGAAUACACGCCCACCGCCCGCCCUCACUCCCUGGAUGCCUGUGCUCACUCCUUCUUUGACGAAACUGCGGGACCCCAACCCCCAAACUCCCCAAUGGCCGUGAAUUCCCUGCACUCUUUAACUUUACCCACUCAAGGGCGUUACUGGCAGCCACAGUUACCGGAAUAUAGUCUAUUGACUACGGUUUAUUCAUUCUUCACACAUUUAAUGUAUUUAUUUUUUUCUCCACCAGAACUUUCAAGCAACCCGUCCUUAUCAUCCAUACUCAUCCCUGCCCAUGCUCGAAACCAAGCCUCUGUGUCAACGCCCACAAACGCCACAGCAACAUCAGACUCAAACACUGGUGACCGUGGCCCAACCAACAAUGCAGCCUCAGCAUCGGCCUCCAACUCAACCUGAGCCAAUAAGAAGCAUGUUCUACGCACGAGCGCAAAAGAAAAAGGGCGACGUAGCAAGGGGGUGGGGAAGCAGAGAGGGGGAUGCACAUACCCUGUCACUGGGACUCCUUCCACAAAAACACUGGCCACAUUUAUAAAGGAAAAAACCUGAAAUAUAUAUAUAUUUAUAUAUAUAUAUAUAUAUAUAUACAUAAGAAACUGUUAAAGGAAACGCCAUCCUCUGUUGAUUUUAGUGGUUCAGUUUUUUAUUAUUAUUAUUAUUAUUAUUGUUAUUUAACCUUGUAAAAUAUCUAUAAAUACAUUUUUUUUUAUUUUAUUUUUUUUUAAUCCUCACUCAAAAGGAAUUUUCCUGGGGAGAGCUGAGAGAUUACACACAGUGAGGCUUCUAUUAUUGUUGGGGUUUUUUUUGUUUGUUUUUUUUCCCCCCGGGGCUGGUUUAACCCCAUUUUGUAAUGGAGAGAUUUUCCACUCCUACAUGGUAGGAGUGUAUAAAAAAAAAAAAAGACAGCUGCCGUGCUUUGAAUUCCCUUCCAGCCCCCCCGUCUACAGUUUCCUGAGGGAUUCUGCUGUAAUCACCAGGGUCUGUGGUUGUCCUGGACGGGUUGACUGCCAAAAAUAUAUAUAUGAAACAGGUACCAUCACUAGCAGUUGCCUGUUUAUGGCUCCCACACCGGUAUGAUUCUCGGAGUGCCUUAUUGUAUGAGAUGUAAGGGUUGGAAGGGCAAGCAGCCCUCUUCAUACGCACCCAGUGUUCUCUCACAUCGCUUCUCUAUGUCCAUUUUCCAUUUAAACUCCUUCAGUUGUUGGAGGGGUGUUAGUCUGGUUGCAUGCUGAAGCAGUUUGUUAGGGUCAGCGAGGCCAGUUAACCUAUUUGCAAGCAGGCAGUCCUGUAAACAGUCAUGUCCUUGUUGCUAGUGUUAAAAGAAGACAUUUCAUAGGGUUCUUUUAUAGGGUUGUUUAAAGAUGGUUGUUUUUCUGAUGUGAAUGCUGAUUUGUGAAGUUGGAUAUCCAAACUGAAACGUGUCCGGUUAGGGGAUAUAACAUAAGAAAGUGCGCUUCCACUGUUGUGUAUAAAUUCCUGUUCUGCAUAAGGCAAUAUAGCAUUGUCUAAGAAGCUAGCCCCUUCCAUGCUGUCCUAUAUGUUAAGGAGCUAAUGUCUUUAAAUACAGACUUUGCCUUUCAUUAAGCAACCAACCAUGGAAACAGACAGUACUUACCUCACCGGUUGGUGUAUCCAUGGGCAUUAAAUCUGUUUGGUGGGCUGUAGUGUGUCCACCUUUUGCUGUACUUUGUGCAUUCAGUGGAGUUCACGUCAUUUACAUCACUGUGCAGUAUAUUAUCUUGUCUAUUUUUGCUGUGCCUCCAAGCCCACUGAUAUAAACCCUUGGAUAUGCAGCAAAGAAUGUGUUCAGGCAUAGAUUCCCUGGUCUCACAUUUCAAAAGAAAAUCAGCAAGUCUUCUUAUUAGCCUUCCAUACACUGGGUGGCUUGUCUUUAUGAUGUGCAAAAAAUAUUUCAUCUGACAGCAGAGCUGUGGAUAGCCAGCUCGGUUAGCAGCACAUACAAGUUUGUUUAGCAGUAUAUCACCAAAACCCUCCUUGACUUAAGUUCUGAUUUUAGUCUACGCUCUAUUUGCCAGUUGUACGGUUUUAACUAGCUCAAAAAAAACAGGUAAGAUUAUGCACACAUCGCUAUCAUUUAUGUGCCAGGCUAUGAAGAAUGCGCACAUAGAAUAAAUGUCAGGACUGUGCACAUACAAGUAUAGCGGCUGCAGCACUGCAAACCCAGGCACAUAACUUCUGGUUUGGAUACAGAAUGCUGCUAAAAUGUAUACACUAAGCUGCUGAAGUAUUACCAUGUGUUACAAAUGUGCCCCUUAUAACUGUUAUUGCCCCUCGUUUAAUUCCAAGUGACAGUACUGUCAUGAUUUAAUGGAAUGUAACAUUCAGCAUUUCAUUCUUUAUCUGAACAAUCUGAGAUCCCCCACACACAAAAAAGUUGACACUAUAUGACACUAUAUGGCAAGAAAGUAGCAUGUUAUUUUUUAAUGUACACAUGUACAUUAAUGAUCACCUCAAAUCCUGAAAAUCAGCAACUUAUUUUUCCUUUAUUUUAAUGAAUUAUGUUGCCACAGCUAAAAUAUAUUUUAGUUACUGAAAGAUCAGUUCUUAAUGGAAAGGAUAAAUAGUUUUUAUUUAGAAUUCUCUUGUGAAUUUAGUCGUUUAAACUUUUUACAACUAAGUAUAAUACGUGUUUUAAUUGAAUUUUAAAAUAGGACUUUUUUUUUAAUGUUAAAUUACAGCGACUUUAACUGACAGUGUAGGUUUUCAGGUUGGUGCCUGCCUGGCUUGCGCACUGAUGUACAGAUUGACCCUGACAAUUUGAAUAGUACAUGAGAGCUCACAUUGCUGCCCAUUCCGCUGAUUUUGUCUUAUAAUGAAAACCACAUCUUAAAUGACUGUUUUGUUGAUCUUCGUCUGCAAAUUAAGUUGUGUACUUAUUUUCUUCCCCCGUGUGUGUAAUGUCCGUUUCUUGCUUUGCUUAUCUGAAUAAACCAUGUAUGUGAUAGGACACAGAUCAUUGUCUAGAUCUUUGCAGAGAUUCGCUUUAAAAACAUAGCAGUUUAAAUGCCAAGUAGAUUUUAAAUUCUGUGGAUUAAACCAGAAUAGGAAAUUCCUUACGGAUUUUACAUCUGGACGCAGAAUUUCUGCAAUUUAUGUAUCUAUGCCCUGUCCAUCUUUUUUUUUUAAAUGUAUUUAUUUUUACCUCCGCUGUUAAAUAAAUUCAAAUGUAAAAACACAUUAGUAUUAUAUGUAACACCCCUAAAGAGGACGAUUCAUAAAGCCAUAGACUUAUAAUUCUGAAAUCUGGUGCUGAUGUACAUUUUUACACAUAUGUAUAGUAACCCAUAGUGGUGAUAACUUUUUUGUAAUUAGACUUUAUUUUUAGUUAUGUUUUUUUUUCUUCAUCUUUAUCUUCCUUUUUUACCUCUGGUUUAUUGGGAUCGGCAAUUCUGAGAACAUGAUUAUAAUAUGCUAUUUCUUAAUGACCAAAGGUCUUCACUGCAGUGUUUCCAUAUUUCUGUGUCCGUAAAAACAAAUAUGCAUCUCCCUUAGCCUGUCCACAUAGUGUAGUUGUAAUGGCCGAUUCUUGACGUUUAGUUUUAUUUAUUUUGGGGGAAAUGAACCCUUUGGCUGCCAGAGCAGACUACAAUAUAGUAUAUUUCUGCUGCUUACUCUGCUGGUUAACUCGCAUCUUAACCUGACCUGAAGCUGAAAAUAAAUACAAAGUAAAAUCUUAAGAAUUCUUGGCUGGCUGGCCAAUAUUUUGCUGUCACUUUUUGACUUUACUCUGCCAGAGAAAGUGUGUUUCAUUCCACACAUUAUUAAACCAACAUUUUAUUUUGUCCCUAUUUUGAAUACAAUGGUUAGAAUUUCUAGAAAGAUCACAGUAUUUUCUAAUAUUGUACUACCUAUUACUGGAAAUAUCAAAUUUUCACGGUUCGGUGGGCUGGUAUAAUUUCAUUGUUACAUUAGUCUUUCGCCGUCUUAAUGUUAAGCAAGACAAAUGUACUUGAUACCUUAUCAUAUAUUUCUGGUAUCUUAAUUGAUCUCAGAAUGCCACUGAAUGUUGAAAGCACACUAUGUCCACAACAAUAAUUUCUUUAGUUGUUUUUAGAGCACGUCCUUUAUCUGCUAUGUUAAAACAAUUGUGAUUUUUGCAUAAUUGCAUCGUGCUGGUGGAAUUUGUAUAGCUAAUUUUGGUUUAGGAGGGAGGUUAUUAAAGCUUUGGUAGCAUUUUUUAUUUAUAUAUAUUUUUAUUUUUUUUGUCUCUUGCAAAAAUUGCAAUAAGGAAAAUUAAACGACUUACAUGACUGGGGUUGGAAAGGGUUGAAAAAGGAAAUGUGCUUCAGAAUGUAGCCUACAGCUGUGAUAUCUUCUCUAUAUAAAUAUAUAUAUAUUUUAUAUAUAUAUAUGUAUUUGCUUUUGCUUGUAAUUUCGCAUUCAUAGUGUGUGGGUUACUGAUGGAUUACUUGGCUAAUAAAAACACCAAGUAGCCUUCAAAGUUCCAUCCAAAUAUGUUCAACAGACAAACAAGACACACAGGACUGGUUACCUAUGGAAUAAUGCAUUCACUUUACAGAAAUCUGUUGUCUUCAAAGAAAACGUGUAUAACGUUAUUACUACUUGAAUGCCUCUGUGACUGAAAAAUUAUGAUUUUGUUUUGAGCUCUGCUGCCCCUGCAGCCCUCUGCAAAAUUGUAGGGGGAUAAAGUCUUUUUUUAUGUCAAAGUAUGCCUAAUGUAAUAUUUCUCUCCUCUCUUCCCUUCAUCCCCUUUCCCCUUUGUAAAUACAUUUUGUUCUGUGUGACACAAUUCCGAAAUAGUUAACUGGUAUCUGUAAUUUGCAUUAAAUAAAAAAAGUAGGUUAGUCUGGAAAUGAAAAUUAAAAAAAGAACAAAUUGA